AUGGAAGAUAAUCCGAGCUUGCAUAAAGUAGAAGUUGGAUUUUAUUUUGCAACUUGUGUUUGUGGAAUUUUGUACUCUACGUACCAACUUUAUUUAGCUGGAUCAUUUUUUGAUUAUUUUGAUGAUAUUCACGAUGAUUUUUCAACGGGCUGGAGUUGGAUAGGUCGGAAGAAAGAUGUUUCAGAUCAUGAAUGGGCAGCGAUGGUUCCAUUUCUUAGAAUAUUUAUCCCAUGGAUAUUGUGUUGCUGGUAUAUUACAAUAAGCCUCGCAUUUCUCUGGACAUACAUUGGAGUCCCUGGAGUGAUUUUCAUGCUGAUCCAGCCUUGCAUAGUGUGUCUGCUAAUAUCAAUAAAAAAUCUCCCUUUAAUUUACUUCGCUGAACUGGGUCUGGUAUUUUUGUACCACUACAAACCACUGAUGAGCCUGGUCCGCAAGGACUGGCUCCAACUGGACUCUAAUUGGGAUUAUUUACUAACUAUUUCAACUUUCUGGGUCCAAUUACGCAGUACUAGCUGCGCUAUUGACAAUGUGAAGAUCUACAGGCACAAUAGCCUCCAAGGAUUUUUAAAAAAUUUUAUCGAAACGACUGCGUACUGCCUGUACUUCCCCACACUCUUCAUGGGUCCAUUCAUUCUGUACGAGGACUUUCAUAAAGGCAUCAAUAGGCACAACAAGUGGACGCUGGGUCGUCUGGUAAUUACUGCUCUAAAUUUACUGAGAUUUUCAUUCUGGAUCCUCUUCACCGAGAUCUCUGCUCACUUUUUAUACGUCACUGCGUUCAAGUACCAGCCGCAAGCAAUCGAGAAGUUUAACUCCUGGGCAUUCUUCGGGUUCGGCUACUGGAUGGGCCAGUACAUGUGCAAUAAAUAUGUAGUUUUAUACGGCCUUGCUGGAGAAUUCGCUCGCGCUGAUGAUAUAAAUGCUCCGCCGCCUCCUAAAUAUAUCAGUACUAGACACGGGAGCUACGAUGACUUUGCUAUAGGAUGGAGCUGGAUAAAAAAGAGACAAGAUAUUUCUGAUGGAGAAUGGUGGAGUUUUAUACCGCUUAUUAAAAAACUAGUGCCUUGGAUUGCUGUGCAAUUGUUAAUUAGUCAUUUUAUAAAAUAUAAAAAAUUUAAUAGUACGCCUUCGGUGGUAUGCCUGCUGAUAGCAAUCCGCAACUUACCCCUAAUUUACUUCGUAGAACUAGGAACAUUGUAUUUAUACCAAUAUGACCCUCUGAUGAACUUAGUCUGGAACGACUGGCUGCAGGUCGACCAAGAAUGGCAAUACCUCCUAACAGUGACAAUUUUCUGGAUCCAGUUACGGAGCAUCAGCUGCUCUGUAGACAAUGUCACGCGGUACCAGCACAAAAAUCUCAGUAGUUUCUUCAAAAACUUCAUCGAGAUCACCGCGUACUGCCUAUACCUGCCAACUAUGUUCACUGGUCCGUUUUUCCUCUACUCGGACUUCCGUAAAAGUUUCAGCGGGUCAGAAAAGUGGACAGUGCAUCGUUUGGGUGUCACUGUUUUCAAUUUAUUGAGAUACACCUUCUGGCUGCUGGUCACCGAGCUGAUGAUGCAUUUCCUGUACACCAGCGCGUUGAAGAGUUACCCGGAACGAGUCGGUGCGUUCAACGCCUGGGCCUUCUACGGGUUUGGUUACUCCAUGGGCCAAUACUUCUGUAACAAGUACAUUGUCGUUUAUGGACUCGCUGGUGAGUUUAGCCGUGCUGAUGAUAUUGAUGCUCCUCCGCCGCCUAAAUGUAUCGGAAGAGUCCAUCUGUAUUCUGAAAUGUGGAAGCACUUUGAUCGUGGACUAUAUCAAUUUCUCGUCAAGUACAUUUACGGACCAAUAGCGCAGUAUAAUUUUCCUUUGAAGAAAUUCUUCGCUUCCUUCCUGACAUUCAGCUUCAUCUACAUCUGGCACGGACUCGCUCAAUAUGUUUUCAUUUGGUCGCUACUUAAUUUCAUUGGAAUAACUAUCGAAAGCAUAGCUCGUUACAUAGGAACCUCUUCAGUUUAUAAUUAUUAUUUGAAUAAAUACUUGUCACCGAAAAACGCAAGGAGGUUCCAUUGCCUGAUUGCUUCUCCGUUGCUUUCGAUGUCUGCCAUUUCUAACUUUUAUUUCUUCGGUGGAAUGGCUAUUGGCAAUUUAUUCACUUUCCGAUUCUUCCAAGGUAAUUAA